AUGAGCACCCAAGAUGCUGCUGAGCUCCUUGAGCUGGAUGCAGUGAAAACAUUCAUGACAAGUGAUGGUGCACUUGAAGUAUUAUUGGUUCGGCUCAAACAAUCCCUCAACACUGGUGAUGAAAUCGCCAAAUACGUUAAGAAGAAGGCCAUGAUCGCAGACGAGAAUUAUGGCCAAUUGAAGAAGGUGGCGGUCAAUUUGCGUGCAAGUAUGAAGGCCUCGCGUCAGCUCAAAAGCGACACUUUUCUGAAGCAAUUUGAUCUGAUGGUGGAGUUCGAUGAGAAACUCCACAAGGUCGGCAGUUCGUAUGUGGCUGCUCUUAACGUGAUGUAUGAUGAGAUCUCGUCCUUGAUUCACACGGUGACUCGCCAAAGAAAGACGAUAAAGGAAGAGUGCAAGAAGAAAGAGAGAGACUGUGCAGACGCUAUUGCUCUGGCUGAUAAGGCCAAACAGAAGUAUCACCACUUGUGUGACGACUUGGAGAAAGUGCGCACUGGCGACCCCAACAAGAAACUGUUUUUGUCAAAUAAGACUGCUGAGCAGCAGGAAGACGAUUUACAGCGAAAGGUCGACAUGGCAGACCAGGACUACCGCUCCAAGGCAGCCUCGUGCCGAAAGAUGAAAGACGAGCUUCUCAUGGUUCACCGUCCAAUGUAUUCGAAAAAAUUGAAAAACCUCAUUUUGGAAAUGGACAUAGCCAUGAAUGUGCAGCUUCAAAAGUACGCCACCUGGUCAGAGACUCUCAUUAUGAACUCAGGUGUAAUGAUUGCACCAUUGCAAUCUGACAAACCUUCGAUGAAACUGAUUGCAUCCAAUAUCGACAACGAACGUGACUUGUAUGACUACAUCAUGAAAAACUCGAAGUUGCCUACCAACAGAGCCUUGGUGCCGAUUGAGUACACCGCACAUCCUCAAUUCGCAAAGUCUGCGAAGCCCGCAACUCCAUUCUUUGCUAAAUCUCAAGAAAAUUCGAAUAACAACCAGAAUAACUCUAGCAGUACUCCCACAACAAUUUCACACGCCGGUGCAAGUGCUGGUGCGUCCACCAAUCUCACUGGCAGCACUAGCCUGGGUCAAAUUAAUCCCAACACAAGUGUAAACAGCAGCGGUAGUGGAAAUGCAGGCAACAUAGGCUACGGCUAUAGCUCGUUGGACCCAGCGACAACACCCGAACUAAAGGGUCCAAAACCCAUUGGAAACGCUGGCCAGCCAACAUUUGGGGAGUCGAUAGAGGAUGUGAUUCAAUUUGCAGGAGUUGACAAUGUUCCGCUUGUUGUGAAGAGAUGUAUCGAUGUCAUUGAAAGCUAUGGCCUUGAUAUCGAAGGUAUCUAUCGUACCAGUGGUAGCAAGACUGCAAUCCUGCAACUCAAAGCUUCCAUUGACUCUAACUUCACAAAUUACCUUCUCAUCGGUGGAAACGUCGAUCCUAACAAUGUUCUUGAUGCGGAUAUUUACUGCACAGCCUCUCUCCUCAAAACCUAUUUCUCUAGCUUGCCAGAGCCUCUUCUAACCACCGAAUACUAUCCCGAAUUUAUUGAGACUGUCAAGUCAACAGAUGAACAAUUUAUUGCCAAAAAAUUACAUCAUCUAGUAUUCAAGUUGCCUGAUGGAGCGUACUUCACGUUACGUGCUUUAAUAUUUCAUCUCAACCGUGUUGUAGCUCACCUGAACAACAAUCGAAUGACUGCUAAGGCUUUGUCUAUUAUUUGGGGCCCUGUUCUCAUGAACGACCUCUCUAUGUCGCCUCAAGACCUCAGUUACAAGAGCAAAGUUGUUGAUGAAUUGAUGCUCAUAGCGAACGAAAUUUUCGAAACCGACUAA